AUGUUGAGUUGGUGCGGAAACAUUCUAAGCACCCCUCCCGCCGCCAGAGCCAACCACAUCGAAGUCGGUAGGGGACAGUGUGGAACGGUGCUUGCAUUGAACGACACCGAUUCCGUCGUAAAGAUACCCAACUCUCCUGCCAAAGAAGAUGAGCUUUUUACCGACUACCAGAUCCAUUACUCAGUAUACAGCACUCUGGCCCCUCUCAGCUCCGUAAACAUAUCGGUCCCUCGGCCUGAAGCAUGGAUCACGCGCGGGAGUACAAUCUGGUUUUCAACAGCUUCCUGCUUCCCUAAAGGAAUUCCGUCUAUCCCAAACUACGGUCUCAUCUCGAAGCGCAUCCUGUCUGUGCCUCUCUGCUUCCGCGAAGACAUCGUAGACCUACUAUGCCCCAAAGCAAUCAAAACAAUCAAAACCAAAUUUCUCGCGAGACAUGAGAACAAUGAUUGCCUAGUAAGACUCUAUCUAGGCCGGCGCAGUUGCACGUCGCAUAGGGAAGCCGGAAACAUCCGGCUUCGUAACUUUCCACUUCACGUCAACGAGAUGAAACGACUCGGGUUACGUCCAGAACGCUACGCUGUCACCAUGGCACAGACUCUAGCUUUCCUCCACUGGAAAGUUGGCAUCGAUGCAAACGAUGUAGAAUUCGUCCUUGGAGGCGGCCAUCUUUGCCAGCGUUUUGAGUAUCAUGCGGAUGACGAGGCAGGGUGCAAGGAGGUAAUGAAGAAACUGGUCGAGGGCUUCUGGUUCAAUGAUCCAUAUUACCCGCGUCCCACUGCCACCGACGAGGGAGACAAGAAACUUUGGGGUGUAUUUGUAGAGCAUUAUCUCAAAACGAGUGCGGAGCAUGUUUCUCAUCAAGGACCAAAGGAAUUCAUCGAGGCUGUAGUAGAGAAGGGUAAACAACGGUCGGAAAGUUCUUUGUUUAGUUCAUAA